AUGCCUCUCUUUGCGCCAGAAGACGUCAACACUCCAGUCCUAUCUCAAUUCUUCUUGAAGGGCAAGAUCGCAGCCGUUACGGGCGGUGCCCGUGGCAUAGGCGUCGAGAUCGUUCGUGGCCUGGCCGAAGCAGGCGCCGACGUGGCCCUCAUUUAUUCCACCAGCACCGAUGCGCCCGACAUUGCCGUCCAGAUCGCCUCGGCGACGGGCGUCCGCGUCCAGGCCUUUCAAUGCGACGUGUCCAAGCGGGACAAUGCGGCCGUCACCAUCAACCAGAUUGCGACGGAAUUCGGCAACGGUCGACUCGACAUCAUGGUCGCCAACGCUGGCGUUUGCGCCAAUAUCCCCAACCUCGAGUACACGGAAGAGACAUGGCAGAAGAAUAAUAGCGUCAAUCUCGACGGCGUCAUGUGGACGGCCCAGGCCGCGGGCAAAAUCUUCAAGAAGCAAGGCAAAGGCAACUUGAUUAUCACCGCAUCUGUCAGCGCCAUAUUGGUCAAUAUUCCCCAGACACAGGCUGCCUACAACGCGUCCAAGGCCGCCGUGGUGCAUCUGGCCAAGAGCCUGGCAGUUGAAUGGGUCGACUUUGCCAGGGUGAAUUGUAUAUCUCCUGGAUUCAUCUUGACUGAAAUGCUUACGCGACAGCCGAAAGAACUGUUUGAUCAAUGGAUGUCCAUGAUUCCUGGCCGCCGGAUAUGCCACCCUGCCGAGCUGAAGAGCGCAUAUGUUUUCCUCGCCAGCGAUGCAUGCUGCUAUAUGACAGGAUCUAAUAUGGUUAUAGAUGGAGGCUACACGUUGCCGUAA